AAACAAGCUCACUUAAAACAAGAUCAAAGCUUUUCCUUUUUGGUAGAGGGUUUUGGUUUUGCAUACGAAAUACAAGAGAGGGAAAAGUUUCUUCCGCAAUCAACAAUGGCCGACGAAGAUUACAAUGAAUUGGACAUGGGAUAUGAGGAUGAACCAGCGGAGCCUGAGAUUGAAGAAGGUGCUGAGGAAGAUGUAGAGAACCCUAACAAUGAAGACGUUACUGGAGAACCCCUUGAAACUGAGGAUAAAGAACAGCAGCAACCGGUAGAACGUCCUCGUAAGACCUCAAAGUAUAUGACAAAGUAUGAGCGUGCCAGAAUCUUGGGUACCCGCGCUCUCCAAAUAAGCAUGAAUGCGCCUGUGAUGGUUGAGUUGGAGGGUGAAACUGACCCACUUGAGAUUGCAAUGAAGGAGCUUCGGGAGCGGAAGAUACCCUUCACCAUUCGCCGCUACCUGCCUGAUGGAAGUUAUGAAGACUGGGGAGUCGAUGAAUUGAUUGUGGAAGACUCAUGGAAGAGGCAAGUGGGGGGUGAUUGAUCUGCUUUUGUAUUAUUAGUAUUAUUAAUGGACUCUGGAAGUUCUGUAUGUUUUGAACUGAAACCUUGUAGCUCCCUUCUUAGUCCAAAAAAAGAAAAGAAAAGAGGAGAAUCGAAACUUUUUAACUUGUUGAUUGUAAAUUGUAAUCCUAUGCGCUUAGUCGUGAACGCACAUUUAAUGGUUGCUAGUAUGUUAUGUUAUUGACUUGACUUUUUGUUA